AUGCAGUCAGGUAUCUUUCAGUCUUUCUUGGGUGCAUUGCAAGCAUGUCUGUCAAUCCUGCUGGUCAUAUUCUACGGUGUGCUUGCGAGCCAAUUCAAGUUGCUCGACGGCCCUUCGUCACAAAGGAUCUCAAAGGUCUGUGUGCGCAUGUUUCUCCCUGCGCUCCUAAUUACCAAAGUUGGCAGUGAAUUACAUAUUGAGACGGGAACAAAAUAUCUUCCAAUCCUGGUUUGGGCUCUCGCAUAUAUACUCGUGUCAAUGGGAAUUGGCGUGUUGGCUGUCAAAUUCCUCAAGUUUCCUUCUUGGGUCACGCCAGCUCUUGCAUUCAACAACACUACAAGCCUUCCUCUCCUACUCAUCCAGUCUUUACAAUCAACCGGAAUUCUCGACCAGCUGAUUGUGGAUGAUGACGAUAUCUCCUCGGCCGUUGGCAGGGCAGAAUCGUACUUUCUUGUCUGUGCUAUUGUGUCAAAUUGUCUGACCUUUGCUAUUGGCCCACGCUUGGUCGAUGCCGAGAAUGCACCUGACGAGCCAGAAGGCGAUAGAGACGAUGGAGGGGAGGAUCAUGAAGAUCAUCAGGACAACAAUAGUGACGUCGAACAGGGAGGUGCUGAUCAGGACGAGUUGACCUCCCUCUUACCCCAUCGUGUUCGAAGUGGAGAGGAUGCGGUACACAAGGCGGCGUAUCGCAUCGGCAAGAAGCACUGGGAUAAACUGUCUCCUCGCACACAAGACACGUUGAGCUUUGUGUCCGACUUUUUCAACGCGCCCCUCAUUGGAGCAGUCAUUGGCGCCAUCAUUGGAUUGACGCCUCCUUUGCACAGAGCAUUUUUCAACGAGAGCAUGAAGGGAGGUAUUUUCAAUGCCUGGAUCACUGAGUCGCUGAAGAAGAUUGGCCAGCUGUUCGUCACGUUGCAAGUUGUGGUCGUUGGCGUUGCGCUGUCUUCGUCCCUGAGAAAAAUGAAACGGGGCGAGCAGAAGGCGCUUCCUUGGGCGCCAACGGCUUUCAUACUGCUUGUCAGAUUGGUAAUGUGGCCUCUCGUGUCCACCGCCGUUAUCUGGGGGCUCUCCACCAAGACCGCAAUUUUGUCCGACGAUCCAAUCCUCUGGUUUACGAUGAUGAUCAUGCCAGCUGGGCCUCCGGCUAUGAAACUCGUUGCGAUGGCCGAUGUAAGUGGAGUAGACGACGAUGAAAAGAUGACAAUAUCCAAAAUCUUGACUGCAAGUCCUCCUAUUUCAGUUCAAGGCUGUCUGCUGACUCCAUCCCAGCUUUCGUAUGCCGCCUCACCAAUAAUGGCUGUCACAGUAGUGGGUGCCCUGUACGCCAGCCAAGCUGCGAUAUAA